AUUUGACCGACAAUAGCGAUAAAGGGGACAGCAGUCAUGGGUUACCUCUGGAGACUCGUGGAUAAGGUUAUAUGGAACAAAAAAUCAGAGAAACUGAAACUUCUGGACAGGAAAAAAAUAAAUGGACCGAUGCCUGUGAACGACGUAGGAUUUUUAUCCUUCACGUCAAUAGGAUGGCUUAGUCCACUUGUAAUGAAACUCUGCAGGGACAGAAAACAAGAAAUCAGAGAGGAAGAUGUGUGGACGUGCUCAGAGCCAGAAUCCUGUGAUAGCAAUACAGAACGAUUGGAACCAAUGUGGAUGGACGAACUGAUGAAGUAUGGUCGCCAUGAUUGCUCAUUCAUUAGGCUGUGGCUGAAAUUCAUAUGGACUCGAUUACUGGUAGUUUUCUUAGUCCUCUGUUUUAACGCCCUUGCAACAUUCUUCUCUUCGGGCUACAUCAUUGAUGCCACAACUAGAUACCUAGAGGGAUCGGAAACAUCUGUACCAUACGCAGUCCUAUUAGUGAUAUUGGGCGCUGUUGGACAACUUCUAAGGGUUUUCUCGUUUGCAUUCAUACACACGCAUGGAACACAAACAGGCAAGUUAUUACAGAAAUAA